AUGACAGGCCGCCUGGUCUUGACGUUGACGCUGCUCUCGUGGAUUUAUUGCGUCUCCGCUUCACAGUUCGUCUUCUCCAACUACUCCGUGGAGAACGAGGUCCGAUCCAGCUUCAUCCAGCGGCGGCUGCGCAGUCAGGAGCGCAGAGAGAUGCAACGCGAGAUCCUCUCCAUCCUGGGUCUGCCGCACCGUCCGCGACCGCACGUCCACACCAGACACGACGCCGCUCCCAUCUUCAUGCUGGACCUUUACAACCAGAUCUCCACAAACACGGAGCCUGCCGGAUUGUCCUACUACAGACCCCUCCGGCCCACGCAGGCCGCCCCCAUGGUGACCCCGCAGGACAGCCGCUUCUUGGAUGACGCGGACAUGGUGAUGAGCUUCGUCAAUCUUGUCGAUCACGAACAGGACCUGGUCUACCGGCGUCAGAGAACGGAAUUCCGAUUUGACCUUUCUCGGAUUCCUGACGGGGAGCUGGUCACCGCUGCAGAGUUCAAGAUUUAUAAAGAUUUCUUGCAGGAGCGCCACGAGAAUGAGACCUUCAGGGUCCGUGUGUACCAAGUCCUGCAGCGGCCUCCCACCAGCGAAGUGGAGCUGUUGCUGCUCGACCAGAGAGAAGUUUGGGCGGCUGAGGAAGGCUGGCUAGUCUUUGACCUGACUGAAACCAGUAACCUGUGGGUGCUGGACCCGGAGCAGAACCUCGGCCUCCACCUGGUCGUGGAGGAUCGCUAUGGCCGGAGGACUGACCCACGACUGGCCGGGCUCUUGACAGGCAGCGGGUCCCGGAACAAGCAGCCCUUCUUGGUGGCCUUCUUUAAAGCAAAUGAGGUUCGCUUCCGGAACAUUCGCUCCGCACACGGGCACAAGGCGCGACAGUCUCACCGCUCAAAACCUCAGAGGACUGUUCACGAUGCACUGAAAGCUGUGGAGGCAGCAACAGAGAGUCUGAGCAUGUCGAAGGAAGGCUGUAAAAAACACGAGCUGUACGUCAGUUUCAGAGAUUUGGGCUGGCAGGACUGGAUCAUCGCACCGGAGGGAUACGCUGCGUACUACUGCGACGGGGAGUGUGCUUUCCCUCUCAACUCCUACAUGAACGCCACAAAUCACGCCAUUGUGCAAACGCUGGUGCACUUCAUCAACCCGGAGACGGUGCCAAAGCCCUGCUGCGCGCCCACUCAGCUCCAUGGAAUAUCAGUGCUCUACUUUGACGACAGCUCCAACGUCAUCCUGAAGAAGUAUCGGAACAUGGUGGUCAGAGCCUGUGGCUGCCACUGACCCCUGAGCUUGAAGGACAAGAAGCAUUUGGCAAAGGACUUUUGGGUGAAAGAGAGAAUUGCCAUGUGAACAGGAAAAAAAAGAAGCAAGUGAGAUUGUGUUCGGAAGCCACACCUGAGAACUGACUGAACCAGUUGGCUCCGUGUGUCUGCUCUGCCGCUGGGUCACUGUGAGGGGAUCAGGAUGGAGAGACGUGGACUGUGGAGGUCACUAACUGCAACUACUCCGAGCAGAAAUGUCACUGAUGACUCCAGCUGUGAAGGCCAGGGUGGAAGAGCUGCCACAAGCAAAAAUGAAAUCUAGAAAUAGUUGUUGCACCAGAGUAUAGUGUUUCGUUUCUAUUUUACAAGACUUGCUGUCACAGGAAGGAACAGAAAUAUUGUGA